AUGAAUAACCAACCAACACCUUCCGCCGGCGACGACAACAUCAACGCCCAUCCUCUGUCUCACGACACCGAAUCACAGCCGACACCACGAGCUCCUCGCACAGCACCACGAUACCAAGCCGAACAGCCAGACGACCUUCUCAUCAUCGGUACGGACAACGCGCCAGAACCACGCAAAAAAGCCGUUUCAGUCGGCGCUCACCGCAAGCGCAUCUCUAAGAGCACCGCUGUAUCUCCAGCAGCCACAUUCCCUAACGACCCCUCCGCUCAAGAUCUCGACGACUCCAACCUGGCCGCCACGCCGACCAGAAAGGCAACCUUCGGCAACUUCCUCACCGUCCCUAAGCUGCCCAAACGCCGCUCCUCUCGCGCCCUCAAGAAGGAAGUAAGUCCAGGUAUCACGGACGUCCGCGGUACGCCUCAGAUUGCGGGAGGGUCCUUCAUCUCGCCGCAUGUUCCUCGGAACAUCCAGGAUGUGAGAGGGAUCCCACAGAUCGAGGGAGGGUCGUUCAUUGCCGUAUCUCAGCAACCGGUGCAGUCAGGACCGAAUGAGGGUCGUGAGGUUGACGGCGAGGAGACCGAGGCCGACGAUGAGGACGAAGAUGAAGAGGGAGGGGUGGCACUGCCAACAGAGAAGGCUGGAGAUGAGGAGUGA